AUUGGAACUGCCAUGGCGUCGUCGUCGGUGGGCAGCUUGAUCCCUCUCGGCCAGAAACCGGACAAGUCGUCCAAGAAGGAUGACUUGACCGGCGGCCUCAUCUCCAUCGGAGGCAAGCCCAAGGCAGCGGCAGACGACACCCUGGACGACUUCGACCUGGACGACCUGCUCAACGACACCCCGAAACCAUCCUCGAAAGCUCCAUCGUCGUCGCCUAAGAAGUCCAGAAAGUCCAAAGACAAGGCCAGGAAGAAGAAGAAAGACAAGGGAAACGACCUGGAUGACUCGACCUCUCCGAUCAAACCAUCCAAGUCAAGCUUUGCAUUCGACGACAACGAGCAUGACCAAGCGUCAAGUCGUCCCGCGAAGCCCAAGACGUCGAUGAAAAACCUCGACGACGAAUUUGCCAAAGCGUUGGGCUUUGACGAGUCCGAGUUUCGUUCGUCCGCAACUCUUGAUUCCCCCGACAAAACGCCCCCUUCCCCCGUGUUUCAAGCCCCGCCUCCAGUGCCAGCGCCUUCCCCACCACUUCCAGCAGACAAGGGAGCAAUUUCUGCCUCCUUUUUCGACGAUAUUCCCGACAAUCAGGCGAAUAUGCACAGUCCUUCCCAGAGUUUAGUGGAUAGCCGACCCAGAGGCGGUCGCGGCGGACGCCGGAGCUCGUCCAACGACCAAGACACAUUGGACCCCUUUGGGGCUAAAGAAACCCUCAAACCCACCGAUCCGUUCGCGAAACCAAGUGUCACGCCACGUCACGAUCCCUUUGGAGCAACUACUUCAGCAACAAAGCAACAAGACAGCACUCGACCGAUUAACCAAGUCGAGUCCGCUUCUGACCAAUCCAAUGAAAAAACGCGUUUAAACCUGUCGGUCAAUCCGACGUCCGAGACGGACCAAGUGCGUUCGUUUCCAUGGAUGAAGCCUCAGGACACCGCCACGUCAGCAGUGGUACCCUCGUUUCCGUGGAUGCAAGCGAAACGCGACCACGUUGCGGACGUAGUUUCUCCCAAAUUUGAGGACCCCCCCGUUAAACAAACAGAAACUAAGUCAGAUCUACCCGCGUUCCCGUGGCUCAAGAAGAAGCCUGCAGAAGUUGCUAUAAGUACAACGCAACUGGAAGCCAAGAUCGAGCCUCCUUCGCCAAUCAAAACGAUCGACGACAUGCCGGCAUUUCCGUGGACGAAAAACACGCCCGAAGCACCCGACAUUCCAGGGCAGCCGCCAUCAUCAUCGCUGGUCGUGGCUGAGCAACUACCUCCGCCAGUACUAGCCAUCUCAAAACCAGACAGUCCUGUGCGAGCAACUUUGGAAAUCAUCCCACCCGACCGCAGCAACGACCCCAGCAACGCCAUGACGCCGCCACGUCACAAAGACCCGAGCCCCCGACGCCCGAGCCCGUCGCCGCCCAAGUUAUCUACUUCCGACCUCGAUAUCCCGCCUUCAUUGGACCUUCGCAAUUCCCCCGAAAAGAAACCGAGCAACUCGUCUCCGAAACGAGCGAGUCCGUCGUCUCGCGCAGCGUUUCUCAACGACGACAGCGCGAUCGUACCGGCGUUCGUAACCAACCAGUUGGCCCAAAGCCAGGAAAUGGUUACUUGUUUAACUGCUCAAUUAAACACGGCCAAUUCCACCUUGACCACUCUGCAAGCCGAACACGCCAGUGUGGUUGCUACCCUGGGGGUGGAAACCGAGCGCAAUGCAGCGCUGACGGUUGACGUGGCAUCGCUACGGCAAAACGAAUUGGCUCUUCAGGACGACCUCGCGCGCGUUCAAACCGAGUCGGCCCAGCGACUGGACCAACUAACCAGUGCUUUAGUCGAUAAACAAUCCCUGUCUCAAGAAGCUGCGGCCCUGCGAGUGCAAACGCUGGAGUUGGGGCCACUCCAGGCAUUAGUGGCAGAGCUGCAGCUGGAAAAUGCAGCCCUUCGAGGCCAAGUGUCAACUGCCCAAGCCAGUUUAGCUGCGAGCCAGCGGGAGUUGGUCCAAGAGAAAUCUAUGCAUGCGCAGAGCGUCGAGCGGUUCCAGCGGGUGCAGCACGACCGGGAGCAGGAGGCGUUGCUUCAGCAACGAUGGCAGGCCGACGAGCAACGGCAUGCUGAAAAGGAUGCGCUGGAGCGGUUGUUAACUCAAGUCCGCGCGGCUGUCAGUGGGCUCAAGGUUUUGCAAGAAAACGUGGUCGGGAGCAAAAGCGAGUCGGAAAUGCGCAUAUGGGGCGAAAAUGAAACCCGCGCCCGGGUCUUGGUGGACAUGGAAGGCACGUGCAAAGCGUUUAUGCACCGAUCGCAGGAAGAGUGCCACCGGUUGCAAGCGUUGUUGAACGCGAUGGAAGGCACGAUGCGGACGCUUCGGGGCGACCACAUGGAGGAAAAGGAGCGAUUGCGGUCGGAGCAAUCUCGACUGGAUGAACUCGCAGGACAUUUCCAGGCCCAGACAACCUUGUUACAAGAACGCACAGAUACAAACACCCGGGUGGUCACCCAAACAUUGAGUGCGUACAUUCAAGACAUUCGAGUCGCGGAAGCCAGGUUGCACACUCGACGCGAACAACUCUUGGACGAAGAGCGCCAACUGCACUUUGCUCGAGCGGCAUUUGCCGCACAACAAGAAGAAGCCCUUCGGGACCAGCGCGUGGCCCAGGAGAAGCUCCAUAUGGAGCAAAAGCGAGUGGAAGACAAACUCCACCGAGUGCGACACGAAACGAACGCGUUCGAAACGCUCGUGCACGCGCAUGCCGACGAAAUGAACGCCCUGGCCGCGUACCAAGUGCAGCUGGAACAUGAAAAGGAACGUUUACAAAACGCCGCGACUCGAGUCGAACACAUGGCGCAGCAGGUGCGCGAAGCGUCCGAGCACAGCGCCGCCAUGGAAGCCCAGGCCAAAGAAGCGAUGCGGGAAGCUGCGACGCUGGUGAGUCAGGUGCAAGAAGAAAGGAGUCGCGUAUUGAAACAAGCGGGCCAACUGGACGACCGCGAGCGGCGUCUGCACGACGAAAUGCGCAGUUUUAUGGACACGACAAGGCGGCAGAGGGGGGGCGGGGCUUCGUCCGGAUUUCCAUCCAGACAGAGGAAGGAGGACGAGAAGGUUGCGCCCGUCCGUCCGGUGUUCAACCUGCCGCCGCCGCCACCACCCGCGAGGCGGCCGACGACUGAAAAGGUGUCGAUUACUGCUUUAAGGGGAGAUCCCACUGGGUUGAGUCCGAGGUUUCGUGAAGAAAUGGAGGCGUUCUGGAGCAACGGUACAACGACUGGGAGAGUUUAGUGUAUGUACAUACUACAGUAGGAAUGAAAUGAUAUGUAGGAAACCAAGUGCAAGUGGACGACGUACGCAACCGCAUGCUGUUGUCAUGCAACAAGUCGAGUGGUAUUACCCUUCCAAAGAGCACCCGCGCCACACCUCGAAGUGCCAUGGCAAGUGCAUUUGUACUGUGAAGUGCCGUGAAUAACUACGUAACGUUAUUAAUAGCAUACUGUUAACGUUAAUACUCC